CUUUUAUUCUGAAGGCAGGCACGUACGACUACCGGAAAAAUACGCGGCUAACUCCAUAACAUUGGGGGGUGGACCAUCGGUAAAGUUGGGACAUAGUCAUAAACAGUAGCUGUAUAUUGGAGUAAAACUGUGGACAAAUGUAACUCGCCUUCAAAACUUGUAUCUCAAGUUAAAAUACCAUCAGUUGUUGUCGUCCGGGCUGCUAGCGGUAGUUUAGUAUCGUCGGCAGCAUCUUUUUGUACCGCUAGUCCUGAAACAAUUCAGCAGAAUGGAUGUCUUUGGGACUCCAUGUAGUCCAGACGGGGAGCCCGCCACCCCACUUCAGAGCCCCAAACACCAGAGGAGCCUGAGGAGCCUGAACUUGCUGACCACAAAGUUUGUCGAGUUAUUACAAGUAUCUCAGGGCGGUGUGCUGGACCUCAAACAUGCUGUCAGCGUCCUGGCUGUCGGACAGAAAAGGCGAAUCUAUGACAUCACAAAUGUGUUGGAGGGCGUUGGCCUGAUUGUAAAAAUCUCUAAGAGCAUGGUAAAGUGGAAGGGUUCAUUAGGAAAUGCAUUCGAGUCAGGAAACAGACUGCUAAAGUUGAAAUCUGAGCUGCAGGAAUUGGAGCAGACGGAAUCCAUGUUGGACCAGCAAAUAUUCUGGGUUGAACAGAGCAUCAGGAACACAACAGAAGACUGCAGUGAUCUGAUGUAUGUGACUCAUGAGGAUCUCUGCAACUGCUUCAGUGGCAAUACUCUCCUGGCUGUACGAGCGCCCUCAGGCACACAGCUAGAUGUUCCCAUUCCCAAAGCUGUCCAGAACAGACCACCCGAGUACCAGAUCCAUCUGAAAAGCAUCAACGGGCCGAUAGAUGUUGUACUUCUUAACAAACUCACUGUCAGCUCAGUUCCUGUCGUACUGCCGGUGCCACCGCCUGAAGAACUUUUACGGGGCGCUAACCCAGCCACGCCCCCUUCAGAUGAGACAGAAAGCAGCACUGCACCUUGUCAGGCUUCAGAUAGAAACAAAUCUGGACGAACAUCUGUGGAGAACAUGCAGGACCUUCAGUCAUCAUCAUCAACAAAUGCUAAGCCGCACAGAACUGAUGCAUCUGAAUUGCGAGAUUUAGCAAAAGAACUGCGGAACCGAAGACGCCCAGUCAAAGAAGUACUCAAUGCAGAUCUAAUCAGGCAGCUUAUAACCGCUGAUAGUUUGCCUCCACUCGUCAGUUUUUUCUCCACUCCUCCGUCUGUCUCCACCUCGAUUUGAACACGAAUGCCUCUACAGUCUGGCUGAGAGUGAAAGCCUCCGGGACGUUUUUGACAUCCAUAUGCUCAAUGUUUGGCCAUGAAAUUUUACGUUAAAGACUUUAAAAGUAUAUGUUUUACUUCGGAAAUGUACAUAGUUUUUUUUUCUUUUUUUUUAAAUAGUUAUUGAAACAUAACCAAGAAUAAACAAAUGAUUUUGAACACUGUGUCAAAUUAAUUCAUAUACUGAGAUGCAAAAGUAUUAGCAACAACUUUGUUUGGAAAACUACUGGUUGAUCCUGAAUUUAAUUGUCAUAUUACAGCUUUAUUCUAUCA